AUGGCUGUCGGUAAUCCAGAUAGCUGGAUUGCGCAGCUGCGCGAAUGCAAGUACCUUCCCGAAGAAGACAUGAUGGUGCUGUGCGAGCAGGUCCGACAGAUCAUGUUGGAAGAAAGCAAUAUCCAGCCCGUGUCGAGUCCUGUUACUGUGUGUGGUGACAUCCACGGUCAGUUUUGGGACCUUCUGGAGCUGUUCCGCGUCGGAGGCGACCUGCCCGACACGAGCUAUAUUUUCAUGGGCGACUUUGUCGAUCGUGGUUUCUUCAGCCUCGAGACGCUUUCGUACCUCCUGGCACUCAAAGCGCGCUACCCCAACCGCAUCACCCUACUCCGUGGCAACCACGAGAGCCGACAGAUCACUCAGGUCUAUGGAUUCUAUGGUGCGUGCCCCUCGCUGACCCCAGAUGAGUGCAUGCAAAAGUACGGCAGCGCCAGUGUAUGGAAGAGCUGCUGCCAGGUGUUUGACUAUCUGAACCUGGCCGCUAUCAUUGAUGGCCGCGUGCUGUGCGUGCAUGGCGGCCUGAGCCCCGAGUUGCGCUCGCUCGAUCAGAUCCGCACCAUUAUGCGGCUGCAGGAAGUGCCCCACGAGGGUCCGUUCUGUGACCUCAUGUGGUCGGAUCCGGAGGACAUUGAGACAUGGAGCGUGAGCCCGCGCGGCGCCGGCUGGCUCUUUGGCCGUCUCGUGACCAAGGAGUUCAAUCACCUGAAUGGGCUCGAGCUGAUCGCGCGUGCGCAUCAGCUGGUGCAGGAGGGCUACAAGCUCAUGCACGAUAACAACAUCGUCACAGUGUGGUCCGCCCCCAACUACUGCUACCGCUGUGGCAAUGUCGCGUCUGUGUUUGAAGUGAACGACUUGGUUUCGCCCGACAGCAUCGAGAAAGAGGCCGAGCGCGCGCAGUCUCACGCCGACGAGUCGCGGUUCAACGAGACGCACUUUAAAAUCUUUGAUGCUGUGCCUGACCAGGAGCACCUGCAUCCCACACGCAAUACCGCCUCACAGUACUUUUUGUGA